UGGCUGGACUGCGGAGCUCGCCGGACGCGUAGCGGGGGAGGCGGUGCCCCGCUGGAGCGCCGAGCUCACCUGGCGAGGGCCCCCUCUAGCGGCCACAGGGAGGACGUCGGGCUGGGUCUGGAAGGCUCCGGGUGACUUGCUCACUGCAUCUGCCCUUGUAGAUGGGGAACCUGCCCGGGUGUCCUCCCCACGCCUUUACACUCGGAGCCCUCUCCCGGCUUUGCUCCCGCUGUUCCCCGACCCCACGAUCUCACCAGGUAUUCAAAUCCUACACAUCCUUCAAGGCCCGGUUCCCCCUCCCCGCCAAAGCCCCGAGGCCAUAAAAAAGCCUCUCCUUGCCUGUCCUCCUGGAACGCCUGUUGGCAGCACAGUACACCCUCCCGGUAACAUCUGCAUCUCAGUUCAGUUCAGUCGCUCAGUCGUGUCCGACUCUGCGACCCCAUGGACUGCAGCGCGCAAGGCCUCCCUGUCCAUCACCAGCUCCCGGAGCCUGUUCAAGCUCAUGUCCCUUGAGUCGGUGAUGCCACCCAACCAUCUCAUCUUCUGUCGUCCCCUUCUCCUCCCGCCUCCGAUCCUUCCCAGCAUCACGGUCUUUUCAAAUGAGUCAAUUCUUCUCAUCAGGUGGCCAAAGUAUUGGAGCUUCAGCUUCAGCAUCAGUCCUUCCAAUAGCAAUACUUAAAAGUCCUCCCAUAGCCUAGCACUUGAUGAAUGCUUCCGUAAUGUACCACUGUAAUAGUUCUAACAGAUUCAAGGAUAUAUUGAACAAUAUAUCCUUCUUACUGAACUGACACAUUGUUCACUAUAUUGAACAACAGUCUAGCCGAUAUUUUAUAAGAACUAUAAUGGAGUGUAACCUUUAAAAAUUGUGAAUCACUAUACUGCACACCUGUAACAUAUCAUAUAGCAACUAUCCUUCAACUAAAAAUUAAUUUUUUGAAAAAUAAAAUGUAUUUUAAAAAAUAAUUAACAGGUGCAGGGAGCUUCGCUGUUUCAUAUUUCAUUCCAGAUCCUCUCAACAACCCACUGAGUGAGACAUCGGGCUCACGCCUGUUUUACGGAUGAAGACAUGAUAUUUGGAUAGAGACCUCAACUGUGAGAUAGAGGCAGUUGUGGUGCAAACCCUGACACCGAGUGAGCUCAGAGAGAACACCUGUCAGCGGAACGAGGUUGACAGAAUUGUAGCAGCUGCCCAAAGGAAAGCGUGGCAGGUGCGAGAUUUUUCUGGGGGCGUGGGAGGGAGGAGCUGAGAUCAGAGGGCUGGGGACAUGAAGAUGUUUGGAUUUCACCCUAAGUUUAAAGGGGAGCCCUUGGAGGGUUCUAAGUGAGGGAGUGACAAGAUCCCUGAUUGUCCUGGACCUGGGCAGCUCCAUGGCUGUCCUUGUAUGUUGUUGCCCAUUAUCAGUCUUUUGUCUUUGACUGUCAUAAGGAGGGCGUCAGUGAAUGUUAGUUCUUUUAGGUUUACUCCUUGAAGCAGGGUUUCUGGGUGAGCAAAAUUCUAAGACGUUGCGCCUAUCACGAGAUUUAGGAGGUUGUCUAGACAAGCCCGUAUUAAGUUUCCACGCCCAUCCUGACGUAGUUAACCUGAACCCCCAAAUUCUGGCCGCUUCCCAGCGGUUUUUGAAAUGCCUCUGCUCAUUGGCCAACAACUUUUCACGCUAAAGAAACGGAGGAUACCAUUGGCUCGAGUUCAUCAGGAAGCGGGCAGAAGGUGGAAGCUAGAACGCUAGGCUUGUGGUUGCCAUAGCGACAAGGAGGCCGGCGGGCCAGAUUCAGCCCAGGGGGACAGACGAGAUUCCAGGCCCAUGAGAUCCUGUCAUGAACAGUUAUACGAGCAAGUGCACCAGUGAGACACACCUGGGCAGUGCUCCGUCCACACCUGGGCUGCACCUGCUCUCAUCCUGGCUCCACAUGUGCUUAGAAGAACAUGUAGUCAAGUUUCUCAUCAAACAAAUGGAACAUAUCGCAGAACUUUGCUAAGAUGGACAACUCCACACAAAACGAGCAACACUCUGGCAAAAAAUAUUCCAGAAAGGUUAACAAAGUACAGAAAGGUUUUACUGCUGCGUAUCCAACACAAUCCUCCAUUCCUUAUAAAUAUCAGCCUUUGAUAAUCCCAGAAUCAGAAAAGAAGGGAUUUAAUAGUCAAGCCAAGAGAUUUUACCACAAACAGGAUGAUAUCCCAGGCCCGGGGUUCUACAACGUCAUUCACCAGUCCCCUGUGAUCGACAGCGUGUCAUUGUCCAAGAAAGGGACAUGCACUUUCCCUUCUAUGUGUGCCCGGCUGGACACCAUCGUUUCUAAAUACCCGGCAGCUAAUGCGUACACUAUCCCAUCUAAUCUUGUUUCAAAGAAAGACUUCAGCAAUUCCUGUUCCAGCAUGUUCCAGUUGCCAAGCUGUGAGAAAGUGCUCAAAUUUGAAACCCCUGCACCAAACCAGUACAAUGCCUCCGACUCUUGCUGCAAGCAGGCAAACAACGUCUGUGCCCGAGCUGGGUUCGUGUCCAAAACCCAGAGAAGAUUUUUCACUGUUUCUAAAACAGGACCUGCCCCAGGGCAUUAUGAUGUCAAUGAAUCCCUUGUGAAGCAGUCGCCAAAGAUAUUGAUGUCUUGUUUCAAAUCAAAAACCAACCGUGGAUUAAAGCUGACGUCAACAGGCCCAGGACCCGGUUAUUACAACCCAAAUGGUCAUCCCAAAGUUCAAAAAAAGACUCUGAUCCCGAGAAACCCCAUCCUGAACUUCUCCGCCCAGCCUUUGCCUCUGCCCCCGAAGCCGCCUCUGCCAGGCCCCGGGCAGUACGAGAUCGUGGACUACACGGGGCCGCGCAAGCACUUCAUCUCCAGUGCGUCUUUCGUGUCCAACACCAGCCGGUGGACAGCGGGGCCGUCCCAGCCAGGCCUGCCCGGCCCAGCCACGUACAGGCCGGAAUUCCCUGGCAAGCAGUCCUUUCUCUACAAUGAGGACAACAAAUGGAUCCCAGUGUUGUAGUCGCCACAUUCGAGCUCAAGGAGACCCCCAGCCACCCACCCAGGCACCUCAGGGGGUCAGCAGGGAGUGCCCAUCUCGUGUGUAUGUGCCAGCUGGUGGCACGGGGUGGCCCUUCCCCUCAUCCCUUGCCUGCUGUUGCAACCGGACUGCCAUGCUUGUCCUUGUCCUGAGCUGCCCCCUGGAGUAUGGAGACCCCCGCCCACCCCGCACUGAGCCCCAUGGAUUCCUGAGCAGAAGCGAGGGGUGGACAGAGCCCCCGCCUCGGUCACUUCACCCCUCGCAUCUGUCCAGGCUGGCUCUGCACACCUCCCCGCUCAGUCGCCAGCAGCUCGUGAAGCUUGGCCUCCAAGAGGAGGCCGCUGCCGGCCAAUGCCCCAUCCCGAAGCCUGAUGCUGAGCCGGGGCCCUGCGGCCGUGGCCUCAGCACCCUCCCAUCCUUUGGCCUUUGACCUCCACAUCCCUCCCGGAAUUCUAGGGGCCAGGAAGGCCCAGAGGCACAGUGACAGGGACCUGGAGGGGUUGCCUGGCCCUUGUCCCCCAGCUCAGGCCUCGUGUCUCACCUCAGGGAGAGCAUGGCAGCAUCACCGUGGUCUCGUGAGCUCAUCACCCGCCCUCAGGGAGGCCAACCCAUCCGUUUAUCGGCUCUGUGCCCAAGGGGCAGGUGCAGGCAGGACCCUCUGGGGCCAGAGUCCCGGGCACAGCGGUUCUGCGGGGCGCCUGUAGGUCCUUUCACCCGGCUUUCCCCUUCCCUGGCCGGGUCUCUGUCCCCCUCACCCCUGCUCAAGUUGAAUAUGAUCUUGACUGAACCUUUUCGGGCCUGCCAAGUCAGCCCGCCUUGGCAAGGAGAAGGGAUUCUCAAGGAACCCAGGGGAGCAAGAGUUAACCACACAGCCCUCCUUCCCUAGCCGCGCCCAUGGCUUUGCCUUUUGUAAGUGGAAGCCCCCUGCUCCCUCUCCUAUGCCUCCCGGUGCCCCCGCUUGCCCUUGACUCUCUCCUUAGACUUUGCUCUGUGACUUUUAGCUCGGAACUGGCCACUGACUAUUUCUCCUUUCAGGGAAGGGCUGCUGAGGAAGAGGGCAGGAGGAGGAUGGAACAGCGUGUCCAGUUAAACCGAGUUCUCAUUUCUCACAAAAGCUGGCCUUGCUGUAAACCUUAGGUUCCUGGCAAGCGCCCCACUGCUCUGGAUGACCAGGAGGCAGCCUGGAAUGUGGCCCCAGGAGCAUCCAGGCUCUGGACCUAAAGGCAGACACCUUGUGCUGCAUCCACUCUGGUCCUAGCUUGUCCUAGGGGUCAGGUUGGAGCAGAAUUUGGAGGCUCAAGGUCAAGCACUUCCAGGGCUGGGUGGGCAAGGCAGGGAGCGAAACAGGUGAGGCGAGAGGAGGUCCGGGAGCUGAGGCCGGUGUCCCUCUGAAGGCCUGCUACCUAUCGCCAGAUCUGCAGAUUCUUCAGGAGAACCUGGGAAAUUUUGAAACCUGAAACUUCUCGAUUGGAGAUGUUAACAACCUUAUUUCAAUUAAAAAAUUUUUAUUCAGGCUAAA